AUGCCAGAAUAUAACGACUCCUUUGUUCCUGUUAGGUUUCCAAGAGGUAACCAGGAUUCGUUUGCUAAACCCACUAGUAUGACUAGCGCAUAUACAGACAAUCCCAAUACAGCCGAUUGCUACGGAACUAGCACAAAAUCGGCCUCAUCUAGUAACAAAAAGUUGAAUUCAACUUGUAUACUUGCAUCAGGACAAGAACAUACACAAAAGCCUGUGCAAUCUACGGAUACAGUACCACCAAUUUUAGCCCGUACGCGGCCAGAUUCGGCUCUCUCUGAGUUAGGUGAUAUCAAGUUAUUACAAGUUAUAGAUAUUUCCGAUGACGAAUCCAUGAUGGAUUACAGGUACUGUUUAUUUCCACAGGCUGUAGACUGUCACGACAGGACUAUUGAAGCUCGACUAGCAGAAUUUACAAAACUAGAGCACGACGUUGCCCGUACAAACAAAAAUGAAAAUAAAAAAAUGACACAGAAUUGUGAACAUAUGCCAAAAAAUCCGAGCGAUGUGGAGGGUGAUGAGGCUAGCAUAGAUACUGCUUUACUCAACCAAUUCGAGAACAUAUCAAUUGGAAGGAACGAUGAGGGACCGGUUAAUAAAUAUAAUGAAGCGGAUAAAGAACCAGAUAAUACGAAAGUCAGUUCUCCGCCAAAAAAAAAUACUCUUGCCAGCAUAGUCACAUCAAGCUUUGAUAGAGAUUCAAGUUUUGAAUGUAGGCUUGGUGACAUUCCACCAGAGAUUGGCCUUGCAUUAUUACAACAUUCAAUGCCUGCAAUGUAUUCCCCAUCUACAAGUCACGAACGUGCUAUUAGCGGCGAGAUGUCGGAUUUAUCAAACAACAAUCUUCUAGGUGCGGCUCGUUGCAUAAUCUCGUCCUACGCUGACUCUUCCACUUCUAACAAUGGGAAAAGUUUGUAUAGUACAGACUUAAGAGAUUACAAGACGCCAAGUAGUCAACCUGCCAGUUCCAAUAGCGCAAUGUCUGUAGACAAGGAGAUGUCUCAGGAUGAUAAUCCCACCUGUAUCUUGGGAAAAUCUCAGUAUCGCUGCACUGCUGAUUCUGGAGACAUUAGUCAAUUUUUAGAUCCUGGCAGUGCAUUAAUGCUAACUCCAUCCAAGAAUAGUUUAAACAGCAUUAUUUACCAUUCCUCAGAUGAGCACAUCCUUCUGCCAACGCUGAACAUAGUCCAGGAGCAGGCGCCUACACCAAAUAUUGUUGAGGUUCGACUUGAAGAGGAUCAACAGAGUCAGGGAACAGAUAAGGAUCCUGAAGGUAGUACUGGUGUUCAAAACGAUUUUACGAACAAGUUUCAAGAAAUGCUAAAGCAAAAUGGCUGUUUUGAUUCGGUCUCUGUCGAUAACAACGAUGAAAGCUCACAAUCCGAUGCAAACUACAGCCGCCACAGAAUGCACAGGACUUGGCGUGGUGUCCGGUCUCGGAUUGUAGCAUCCCGUUGUUCUAGCUUAUUGAGUACCACCGACAGCCGCUUAUACCGCGAUGAUCAGUCUAAAGAUAGCAGGUUUGUUGAAGCCACGACUGCGCCAAGAAAAUCAUGGUUUAAGCGGGUCCAUGAAACAAAUCAGAGGAUAUUGCGAACUGCUACGAAGGCCAUGUUUAGCAAAAUAGACGAAUUUCAAGGAAUGAACUUUGACCAUUUGGCUGAAGCAGCCAAAACUUAUAACCCCACUGAUGAUCUUGACAGCCGUCAUAAAGUUAAGCAGAAGGCUACUUACAAGCAGCAGCAAGUUCAUGCACAGCUACAAGCUCAAAGGCAGGUUUUAAUGCAGGCUCAAGGUAAAAUGCAGCCUCAAGCGCAAAUAUAUGUGCAGAAUCAGACGCUGAAAUUUGAACCGCAGUACAUGCAGCGAGUAGUACAGCCAGAGCGGCAAGAACAAUAUAUGCAGGAAACUGCACCACUCUCGAGAUAUAGUACUCAGGGCAGUAACCGGUGCAGCGAAGAUAACAAAACACGUAACACUGGGCUUGUCUUUCAAAAUAACAACAGCGAGGAAAAAAUGACAGCCAAUGAGCACAGCAGUUCCAUUUGGGGAAACAGUGCUGGAGAUCAUUCGCUUCAAGAAACAAAUGAUAUCGAGAUAGAUGACGAGCAAGACCACAAUACAGAUUUAGCUGCAGAUAUUAAAAGCCAGGAGUUUAUGAUAAUCAGCAGAAAAAGCACUAUGGAAACUCCGGACCCUAGGAGCGCUUCAAACGAAUCCUCUCUUUUUAACACUCACACAGUUUCUACAAAUCCUUCUACAGUGCCCCCAUCUACUCUAGAUUUACCUAGCGGUGGAAGCAAUCUGUUCCCAAAAGUUCGGCCUCCUGUCCCAGCUCCAUCUACUCUAUCCUCAAAAACACCAGACCUCAGCCUUGGCACUGCAGAUCCAAAAGCAUCUUCACAAUCAAGGUCAAUCCCUGCAAAUUCAUCAAUGCCUACGGUCUGGAAAAUGAAGUUCAACCAAACUGAGGCUAAAAAAGUCCCAAUCCAACAACACAACAUCAUCAAUCUAUCUCAGAAAAUGAUUCCAUUACAGGUUAUGGGUAUAAAACGCGAAAGACUACCUACAAAUACGCAUGGCAUGUAUGGCUACUUGUGA